AUGCGGAGUAAUACGGUAGCUUGUUUUGUAUUGUUACUUUGUUCCACCGUAGCGGUGAUACUGCUUCUGCCCGUCGUUAUGAAUGCCACAGUUGUGUAUGUUGAUGUUCACAUGGGCGGCAUGAUUUUGACAACUUACAACAGCUCUUUUUAUAAAGAUGGAGAUCACCACCACAUCACGCUAACGAAAUGUAUUUUCGAAGAGAGCAAUCCGACAUUUAUGUAUUAUACGUUUGCUUGUGGCUUCUUGCUACCCGCACUUCUCAUUACUUAUUUCUACUUGAGUGUUAUUGCGCGACUGCGCAAAAGUGUUGCAAAUGUCCGCCGGCAUAGUGUUAUUGUGAAACAACAGAAUACGAAUAUGCGGAUAAGGCAGGUAUAUUUCGAAUUCGAAUGA